CGGCGAGUCAAUCGUGUUUGCAAACGCAAAGUGAAAAGAUCGACAGCUGAGCAAAAUAACAAAAUCCGAAAUGCCGCUGCGCAGGAAAGAGGACUAUAUCCCCAUCAAGUGCGAGGGCUGGAACGGAAAGUUCGAGUAUCCCGAUGGAGCCGUUAACAACGUGUCCAAGAUCCGUCGCCAGAACCAGAACGUGACCAAUACCAACAACUUCUACGGAUUCAACACGGAACCCAUUGUUUUGCCCACCGAAUGGGAUGGAACCUUUGUGAAGAGCGGCGAGACCCGUCUUAAACAGGAGCGCAAUCGUUCCGAUGACCAGGACUACUUCAAGUACAACACUGAAGCCACUGUUUUGCCACCAACUUGGAGCGGGGAAUUCGUCACCGAUCCCACGGAUGUGCGCAUCAAGCCGGAAAGGAACUUCUCCGAUGCCCGGGAUUAUGCGGAGGCCUCUCGCUUCAAAUUGGUCCAGCACUGAGUGAGAUCCGAUCCUCCAGAAUUCAUUCGAACUAAUCCUGCAAGUUUUGAGUUUGUUUUGGUUUCGCAUUGUUCCCCUAACCUAAGCGUUCGUUGUAUAUUACCCUUUAUGAUAUUUAUUCGUAUACUUAAUAAACAGUAGCAAAAAAAAAAUAAACUAGAAAGUUCCAUUGUGCA